CUCCCCGACAAAACAUAGCAACUACUCAAACUUGAAAAUCCGAACUCCCCAGAUUCAAAUUUAUUGAUCAUCCACACCUAAACUUCACUUUUCACAUCCACUAUCUGCAACGUAUAGUUUAUAGUGCAUAUAAUUACAAUAUGGAUGAGAACACAGAUAAGAAGCCUUUGAUUAUAAAAGAGACAGUCCAUGCAAUAGAGCUACUAAAGGAACUUCAAGCUCAGCUUAAUCCCUCCUCUAUUUCUGGUCACGACUUGAUUACCAAAAUUUUAUGCUCAGUUGAGACUUCUCUCUCGAUGCUAGAACAAGUAAAGAUGGAGAAGGAAUCCACCCCGCAUUCAUCCAAGGUUCAUAUCAGUACCGGAAGCCACCUCAGCGAUUCCAAUUCCGAUUUCAUCCCAGGAGGUUCACGAAAAAGAGCGGUAGUAAGAUGGACGGAACAAGUACGUGCUUCAUCAGAAACAGGACUAGAAGGACCCCUACAUGAUGGAUACAAUUGGAAGAAAUAUGGGCAGAAAGAUAUUCGUGGAAGGAAGUACCCUAGAGGUUAUUUCAAAUGUCAUUAUCGAAGGACUCAAGGUUGUUUAGCAAUGAAACAAGUUCAACGAUGCGAACUAGACUCGUCCAACUUCAACGUUACGUAUAUUGGAAAACACAACUGCAGUGAAACAUCAGCACUACUUUCAGAGCAAUAUUCAACAAAUAAACAAGAGCAUGAUCAGCGUCAUUGGCCAAAUUAUCAUGAAGAGCCAGGGGAGGAUAAAUCAUCUGACGAGACAUAUAUAAACUUUUAAACAUCAAGUUUUCAAGUUGCAAAAGACAAGGAUAAACAAUUUGAGUCUUUUCCUUCUUUUUCUAUCUAUUCUACUACUUCACCACAACCUGAUAUUGGUACCUGCUUAGGGAGUAAAGAAAAUCACUUCUACCCUUCUUCGGUUCAACCUGAAACUCAUUCUCCUAGUCCUAGUCUUAGUCCUACAUUUAUAAGUACUCCCACAACUUCAGAAUCCAACUACAAAAUGAACAAUAUUGAAAAUUAUAAUAUUUGUGAGCAUUUACUACAAACUACUGCUGAUUCUCAUGAUGGUAAAUCUCAAAUGAUUAUUUCACCAAGUACUGUUAGUGCAACUUCGUCCUCUAAAUAUAGUUAUUUGAAUCAGGACUCUAGUUGGGACUGGGAUUUCCCAAUAGAUUAUAGUCCUCCAAAGUUUUUAUGAGUUAAGUUAAUUGUGAUUGUCCUGUACAGUAGUUUAUCAACUGAAAACAUCAUUGAGUCAAUCGACGUCAGCGAUAGUACUUGACAACAUUAUUGAGUCAUGGAGGAAGCAACUGAGCAUAAGGUUGGCUUCAACAGUAUGAACGGAGCAGCUACGAUAUGGUGGGCCAAAUCGUAGAAGUAUAUGGCCAUCUUAUUUAUUUGACAUGUUUUGAAACAGGUUGUCUUCUCUUUUUAUUGGAUGUGGCCCGACUACAU